CGUCUCAGUCUUUUUGUUUUGAAAUCCUCCAAACAUGCUGUCUGCUCCCAAGCCCCGCAACCCUCGCCCCGCUGCUGCUGCUCCUGCUGCUCCUGCUGUUGCUGUUGCUCCUGCUCCUCGUGCUCCUCGUGCUCCUCGUGCUGCUGCUGCUGCUGCUGUCCCUGCUGCUGCCCCUGCCGUUCAGCCUCAGCCGGCAAACCCUGCUCCGGCUCAUCGACUUGCUGGUCCCAUUGGAGUACUCCAACAAUCUCAGUCCUCACGCCGCCCUCGAGCUGCCCCUGCGGCUGCUCAAGCUGCUGCUCCGGUUGCUGCUGCUCCAGCUGUUGUUGCUCUUGUGGCUGCAGCUGCUCCGCCUGGUGGUGGCCCCAACCGGAGGAAGAACAACAACCGACCGGCUGAUUCGGCUGGAGCCGCUCAACCGCGCAGAGGCUUGCCUCGACGCCGCCGCGGCGGUGCUCCAGUGGCUGCUCUUGCUGCUGCCAAUGCUCCAGUGGCUGCUGCCGGUGAUUUCGAUCUGGGCGACGCGCCGCAGGGAGCGCUGGUCGACUUUGGCGCAAUGCGCAACGGCCUGCCUCCCAAUGGCCCCUCCGCUCCGAGCUCGGUUUCAUCGGUGGCGUCGUCAAAGGCAAGCCGAAAGCCGCUAACGGAGAGAAACGUUGCCAUCAAGGAUCGCUCCCACUACCAACUCUACAUGUUUGGCUGCGAGGGCUGCAGCAUGCUAUGGUACAAAAAGUGCGCCCCGAUCAAUCCGGUCUCGCCCUGCAGAGGUUGCAACACGCGAUAUGACCCGAUUCCCAUUGGAUCCGAACCCGUUGGUCUGGGCUUUUUCCGUUGCUCAAAGUGCAAGCACCAGUGGACGUCCUGCCCAGCAGCUCGCAAUGUCUCUCAGCCUUGCUUUGGUGGGAAGUGCGUUAUGCUCCAUCAUGAGUACCCCUACAAGGUGCUUCCUCGACAGAGCAUGCGCAGUCACACCGACGAGACUCAAAGAAAGUCGGAUAACAAGCAUUCUUGUGCAGCUUGUGGGGGCGAGGGCCAAUGCCCACUGAGACGUCGUGGUGAUGUAUUCUCCAAAGCUCAUGUCAGCGCCCCUGGCUCGAUUGGCUGCUCGUCGUCGCCUGGUUCUGAACGUAACUGGCUGAGCGACGAGAACUACAACAAGUAUCGCCAUCUGAUGAACGCGCACGACUACGAAGAUUUCGAUGGUGACGACUAGACGCCUUCCCCGCGUCAAUGGUGCUUUGCAUUUUGCUGGUAGUGACUACUUUGCGCUGCUCGAACAUUUGAGAGCAUGAUGAUGAUGUUGCUGUUCUGGAGUUACUGUUGUUAGUUGUUCGUGUUUCUGUUGUGAGUUCCUGUUGUGUGUUCCUGUUGUGUGUUCCUCCUGUCUGUGUUGCUCAGAUUACUCUUGUUCCAUCAUCAACUCAGUCUGUAU